AUGGCUUCCCGGAGACUAGCUCUCAACCUGGCGCAGGGCGUCAAGGCCCGCGCUGGGGGUGUUAUCAACCCUUUCCGCAGAGGUCUUGCUACUCCUCACACCGGCUCCGGCAUCAAGACCCAGACCACCACCCUCAAGAAUGGCUUGACCGUUGCUUCCCAGUACUCUCCCUACGCCCAGACCUCCACGGUUGGCAUGUGGAUCGAUGCCGGUUCCAGGGCCGAGACCGACGAGACCAAUGGCACCGCCCACUUCCUCGAGCACCUUGCCUUCAAGGGAACGACGAAGCGCACUCAGCAGCAGUUGGAGCUCGAGAUUGAGAACAUGGGCGCUCACCUCAACGCCUACACCUCGCGCGAGAACACUGUCUACUUCGCCAAGGCCCUCAACGAGGACGUCCCCAAGUGCGUCGACAUUCUCCAGGAUAUUCUCCAGAACUCCAAGCUCGAGGAGUCCGCCAUCGAGCGCGAGCGCGACGUCAUUCUUCGCGAGUCGGAGGAGGUUGAGAAGCAGCUCGAGGAGGUUGUCUUCGACCACCUCCACGCUACCGCCUACCAGCACCAGCCCCUCGGCCGCACCAUCCUCGGCCCCCGUGAGAACAUCCGUGACAUCACCCGUACCGAGCUCGUGAACUACAUCAAGAACAACUACACCGCCGACCGCAUGGUUCUCGUUGGCGCCGGUGGCGUCCCCCACGAGCAGCUCGUCGAGAUGGCCGACAAGUACUUCUCCAAGCUCCCUGCUACCGCCCCCGUGACCAGCGCUUCUAUCCUCUCCAAGAAGAAGCCCGACUUCAUCGGCUCUGAUAUCCGUAUCCGCGACGAUACCAUCCCCACCGCCAACAUUGCUAUCGCCGUUGAGGGUGUCAGCUGGUCCGACGACGACUACUUCACUGCCCUCGUUACCCAGGCCAUCGUUGGCAACUACGACAAGGCUCUUGGCAACGCUCCCCACCAGGGCAGCAAGCUCAGCGGCUUUGUCCACAAGCACGACAUCGCUAACAGCUUCAUGAGCUUCUCUACCAGCUACAGCGACACUGGUCUCUGGGGUAUCUACCUUGUCUCUGACAAGCUCGACCGCGUCGACGACCUUGUCCACUUCGCCCUCCGCGAGUGGACCCGUCUCUGCUCCAACGUUACCGAGGCCGAGGUUGAGCGCGCGAAGGCCCAGCUCAAGGCCUCCAUCCUCCUCUCCCUUGACGGCACCACCGCCGUCGCUGAGGAUAUUGGUCGCCAGAUCGUUACCACCGGCCGCCGCAUGAGCCCCGGUGAGAUCGAGCGCAUCAUUGAUGCCGUUUCCGCCAAGGACGUUAUGGAUUUCGCCAACAAGAAGAUCUGGGAUCAGGAUAUUGCUAUCAGCGCGGUCGGCAGCAUCGAGGGUCUGUUCGACUAUGCCCGCAUCAGGGCUGAUAUGAGCAGGAACGGUUUCUAA